AUGUUACGUCCGAGUGGUGCUCGGCGUCAGGUGUCUGCCGAUCGACCAAUCAGUAUGUUCAUCUGUUCCCCGAAUCCCAUUCCUGUCACACGUCCAAAUCCACAUGAGCAACGUCCAAGGCCCAGCGGAUCCCACCAUUCCGAUCGUCGUCCUGUCUCAACCGUGUUUCACUUCGAUACGGAUGACGACGAUGAUAAUGUACCUGUUGAAGUGGAUGGUCCACACUUCCCUCCCCAUCCUCCGUCAAACCCGACAUCUGCCAUCCUGCUCCAAGAAUGCGUUUUGUUGCCCUCAAGUGCCUGUAUUCCCGUUCGCUCGUCGUCUCGUGCGGCCCAGUCCACACGUCGUCAGUUGUUCGAGAGAAGGCCAGAAACCAGUGGAGUGGCAAUUCGUGUGGAGACUCCCGCGCCGACGGAACUGUCUUCUGUGGAUCCUGGCGUUCCUCCGCCGGCCUACGAUGAACUGUAG